AUGACGGAAGGUCGUCUAACCCGCUCAGAAUCGAUUGAGCAAGCAACCUCUCUCCCCCCGUCACAAAGCGCCAUAAUUGAAAUUGAUAUUAAUGCACAAAAUGACAGGUUCCCUCUUCCCACGGAGGACGAGAGUCAGACGUUGCGCCGAGUCGCAGGGACUGUGCCUCUUAUCUCCUUCUCACUCUGUCUGGUCGAGUUCGCCGAACGUGCAUCCUACUAUGGAGCCAAUACAGUAUUUUCUAACUUUAUACAAUUUCCGCUUCCUGAAGGUGGCACUGGAGUCGGCGCUACCCCACGGGGAACCCAAGCCACUGCGGGGGCUUUGGGCAUGGGGCUUCAAGCAAGCUCUGCAUUGACCUUGUUGUUUGUCUUCUUGUCAUAUGUGAUUCCAAUAUUCGGUGGAUGGUGGGCAGAUGUCCAUGUAGGCCGGUACACGGCGAUCAUGGUAGGUGUGGUCAUCUGUGGCGUCGCCCAUAUCAUCCAAAUCAUCGGUGCUAUUCCCUCUGUUCUUCAGAAGGGCUCAUCUAAUGCUGCUCCCCCUUUCAUCCUUGGCCUGCUGAUAUUGGCUAUUGGCGCUGGGAUCUUCAAACCAAUACGAAAGCCUACACUAAACAAACUUAAGUCCGGUGAAAAGGUCAUCGUCGAUCCAGAUGCCACGCGCACAAGAAUUAUGUUGAUUUUUUACGGCUUUCUAAACGUCGGUGCUCUCUUCAUGCUUGCUACUACAUAUGCUGAGAAAAUACACAAGGAGCUACCUAGCGGGGGACAUGAGCUCGCACAAGCGUUCAAGAUCACAACGAUCGCGCUCAAGCAAAACAAAUUUCGAGUAUGGAGUACGAAGUUCUGGGAUGCAGCAAACCCCGAUACCCUGCGUAGUAAGGGAAUCACAGUGGACUGGACAAGGGAUGCGGUGAAUGAUAUUGCAAGGACUCUCGGCGCGUGCGAUGUGUUUUUGUUUUUCCCCGUCUGGAACCUCAAUGUUGGUGGUAUUGGCUCAGUUGGAACGAACCAAGGCGCGGCCAUGAUCACAAACGGGGUCCCCAAUGAUGUUCUGAGCAACUUCAGCCCACUGACGAUCAUUGUUGCGAUUCCGCUCUUGACCUUCGUGAUUUACCCGAGUUUUGACCGUUAUAGAAUUCACAUGGAACCUAUCACCCGUCUCACGUUGGGGUUUUUCUUGGCGAUGGUUUCCAGCAUUGUAGGGACUAUAGUGCAAUGGAGAGUAUACGAGCUAUCGCCAUGCGGAUAUUACGCAUCAACGUGCGACACGGUUGCUCCUAUCAGUAUUUGGUGGCAGGCUCCAACUAUUGCUCUUGGGGCAUUAAGCGAGUGUUUUUGUAAUGUUACCGCAUACGAACUGGCAUAUGCACGAUCACCUCCAAGUAUGAAAGGCUUGGUUGUGACAGUCUUCCUGUUUAUAAAGCUUCUCUCGAGUGCAUUUGGUGAAUCUUGA